AAAAAACAGGCAGCACAUUUGUAUCUAUUUCAAGAUCCAGGCCGCCCAUUUGUAUCUAUUUCAAGAAUCAGGCAGCAAAUUUGUAUCUAUUUCUGAACCAGGCAGCACAUUUGUAUCUAUUUCUGAACCAGGCAAUACAUUUGUAUCUAUUUCAAGAACCAGGCAGCCCAUGUGUUUCAAAAACCAGGCAGCACAUUUGUAUCUAUUUCGAGAAUCAGGCAGCCCGUUUGUAUCUAUUUCAAGAACCAGGACUUCUCAGGAUAAAGCUAUGCAGAAAUGCCUUCGUGAUACAUCUAUAGAUACAGAAUCUUUCUCCCGGGGGAUGGCAGUAUUUGUGGCUAUGCAACUGCCAUCUUUCAACUUUGUCUCUAAACUUAUUUGGUUGUCUGUUUUGAACGUUCUCUUUUUAAAUCAAAUUUUAAUUUCCAAGUGCCUAGAUAUUAAAGAAAAUAGUUUUUCCUUGUAAUAGCCAAUUAUACACUCCAUAGCCCUAUUUUCAUGUGUCACUACAGCAGUCAGUCUGCUUGUUCAAUGCAAUAUACUUGGAAGGGAAAUGCGUAAAUGUGCCCUAGC